GUUAACCUUGGCACAUAGGAAGGGCUUUGCAGACACUUCCGGUGACGUCAGGCUUCUUCCUGCUCUCCCCGGUGUGCUGUGUGAGCGGUGUUAUUGGUGAAGAGAAGAUGGUUCCUCCUGUGCAAGUGUCCCCGCUCAUCAAGUUUGCCAGAUAUUCUGCACUACUGCUUGGGAUUGGCUAUGGCAGUUCAAGAUAUGCAUAUUUAAAGCCAAGAGCUGAAGAAGACCGAAGGAUUGAGGCAGAAGAGAAAAAGAAACAAGAUGAAGCUGCACGCAUUGCAAGGGAGUUGGCAGAGCAAGAAGAUACCAUCUUGAAAUGAGUUUUUUUGUCAUCAGAGAAUGUCUUCUGGGGAUUCUACAAUGUAUAGCUAUUCUGACCGUCUUCUAAAUCAUUUAAAAAUGUUUUUGUGGACUGGUUUGUACAUUUGAAAUAUAUGUACGUUAACAGUAUAUUUAACAACAAUAAAAUCUGAAACUUUCCAUGAU